UCCAAAAGGUAAAGGUCCUCACACAUAACACGUUAAUACCAAACGAAACGGUACAACAAAAAUGUCUGAUGCGAUGAGCGCACCGCCGCCAUUAAUACCCCAGCUGCAAGAGAUGCAUCAGCAACAACAACAACAGCAUCACCAUCAACAACAACAGCAACAGCAACAACAGCAGGCCGCAAACUCUGCUACUGCGCAGCAAUGGAAUAACUACGCCUGGUGGCAUCAUCAUGGCACCAACGCAGCCGCCUAUCAACAGCAAUAUCAACAAUAUUAUCAAUAUUAUAUGCGCUACCAGCAGCAGCAGCAGCAACAACAACAACAGCAGGUAACAUCGACCAUCAGCUCGUCAAAUGCGCCGCCUGGUUUUAGCAAUGCGCUGGUGGCACCGCCGCUACCUACGGCUCCGCCACCGCCGCCACCACCACCUGCACAGUCGGGUAAUAAAAAUCAACAGCAGCAACAACAACAACAGCAGCAGCAGCAGAAAAAUUUUGGUGGCAUACGUUUUAAUUUAAAUUUGAAUCAAAAACGUUUGGCAAAUGCGCCAAAUCCGCUGCAGCAGCAACAACAACAACAACAGCAGCAACAACAACAGCAACAACAACAACAGCAUGCUAUGCAGCAGCUAAAUCUCUAUAAUAACAUGAUCAACAACAACAACAAUUCUAACAAAAAGAAGCGCAAGCGUAAUAACAAAAACAAUAAUAAUAAUAAUAAUAACAACAACAACAUGAACAAACAACAGCAGCAAAUGGCUGCUGCCUAUGAACCGUCGCCAGCUGGAUUUUCUGGCAUUUCUAUAAAUCCAUUUUCUGCGCCAGCAGUGCCUUCCACACCGGAUUUAAGCAAGCCACCACCCCCCUUACCCUUAAUACAAACACCAGCACUAGCAGCUGCCGUUGUUGCCCCACAGCAACAACAACAACAACAGCAGCAGCCGCCUCCGCCGCAGCCGCCGCUAGCUGUUUUGGAGCCGCAGCAGCCAAAGCAGUCGCAGCCUCAGCCGCAACCAGCAGCGGCAGCAGCAGCUGCUGCAUUUAAGCGUCCUAAUAGCUGCUUCCAAAUGGGCUCGAAUGAUUCGUGGCCAGAUUCUCUAAAUCAGUAUGUGGCACGUUGCUAUUCCAAGUGUACAACCGACUUGGAUAAGGAUCAAAUCGAUAUCUGCCUAAAGGGUAAAAUUAUUGCCGCCGCCAAUCGCAACGAACUCUGGACGCGCGAUUGGGACAAUGAGCCCAUGCCGACCGUGCACAGCGAACGCGACGCCAUAGACGUGGUGCUCAGUAAUGUAACGCCUCCACAGCCGCAACGUAGCAACUACUUUAACAAAAAACAGCAGCAACAACAGCAGGAGCAGCAGCAGCAGCAGCAGCAACCACAACAGCUGCAACCACAGCAGCUGCAACAGACAACCCCAAAGCCUAGUCAAAAAACACCAAAUGUAAAUCAAUUCAAACAGAAGGGCAAUGCCUUUAACAAGUUCGCCAAUGGCGGUUACGGACAGCAGCAGCAGCAGCAGUCGUCCCGCUACUCUAGGAGUCGUUCACGUUCGCCCACGUCGUCCACGUCCUCGGCAUCAAAAUAUAACAAUCGGAAACGUUAUUCUCGUUCGCCACGUUCGCGUUCUCGUUCCCAUUCGCGGUCGCGCAGCAGCAGCGCCAGCAGUCCACCAGCUCGUAAGGUGCUUCGCAAGACUGGCUUGAAUGAUACGCUGGGCAGCGAUUUUAUACCAAUCAAUUCGAAUCUGUCGAGGAAACAGCAGAAAAUGCUGAUGAAGAGGAAUAAGCGUGCAGCCGCUGCCGCUGCUGCCGUCGGUGGCAAAAAGAAAACGCCGCAUUUUUAUGCCACGCAUUCGUCGUCGGUGGGCGGUGCCGUUGAUGAUGACACAGCGCGCUUGCAACAGCGUGCGGCACGUUUCUCACAGUCGAGCAGCGGCUCGUCUAAGAAAUCUGUCGUCGCAAUUGCAAGCUCACCGUUUGGUCUCACGACGGCCAAGCACAAGAAGAGAUUGCAGGCCGCGGCGGCGGCUUCCCGUUCAGCGUCAUCGGCCAUGUUCUACGAGGAUGAUGCGGGUGCGGGUGCGGCGGGCUUAGAUUUACUCAAUUUGCAUAUUGUAGGCUCAUGUAGGGAUUUAGAAAAGUCAUUCUUGCGCCUUACCAAAGCGCCAUCACCAUCCGAAGUGCGUCCCGUUGAGGUGCUCACUCAUUCGCUGGCCAAUGUGAAGGGCAAAUGGCGUGCCAAUCAGGAUUAUCAUUAUGCGUGUGAUCAGUUGAAGUCCAUACGCCAGGAUUUGACUGUCCAAGGUAUACGCGAUAAGUUCACAGUUGAGGUAUAUGAGACGCAUGCGCGCAUCGCCAUGGAGAAGGGCGAUCAUGAAGAGUUCAAUCAGUGCCAGACACAGCUUAAGAUGCUUUACUUGGAAUUGGGCAACAGUAGCAAUUCGCUCGAGUUUACAGCCUAUCGCAUUAUCUAUUACAUCUUUACAAAAAAUACCUUGGACAUCACAACUGUUUUGCGUUCGAUAACAGCUGAUCAGCGCGAGAAUCCUGCCAUUGCGCACGCUCUAGAGUUUCGUUCCGCUUGGUCGCUGGGCAACUAUUGCAAACUAUUCGAUUUGUAUAAAAGGGCGCCGCUCAUGUCGGGCCAUAUGAUUGAAUGGUUUUUGGAGCGCGAGCGCAAGGCGGCACUGCGCAUAAUUAUUAAAUCUUAUCGUCCCAACAUUAGCGUCGAAUAUGUGUCAAAUGUUUUGGCCUUUGAUAGCACUGAGAAGUGCAAAGAAUGGCUAGACACCUUCAGUUUGCCCUAUGCCGCAGAUGGCGCUCAAAUUGAUUGCAAAAAUGCAGCUUCCAUUGCCAUUUGAAGCCACUCAAAAAGUGUGUUGGGCGUUUUUAAACUAAUCUACAAACAGGUGUGGAGCGUGACAGCUUGGGCUGGCAGCGAGCGCACCAUCAAAGACAAUACACAACAAAUGAUCCAUACUCGAUAUCCGUUUGAAAAACUCUUCAGCUGUUUAUUAGCAGCGCGAGCAUUUUUCACGGAAUCGACGCGGCUGCCUCCCUGUCUCUCUCUCUCUCUCUCUCUCCCUGCCUCUCUAUCUCUCUUUUAGCCUGGCCCCUUUUGCACCCUUGUACAUAUACGAUCUAUUAGUGUGCGUGACCUUGCGUUAAUGUUAGGAUGUCUUUUUUUUUAUGUAUGCAUCAUUUUAGAAUGAAAAUGUAUCUCAGUUAGGUUUUUCCCUCCUUAAUCCAACUCAAAUGUGUCUGCAAACUCUUACACCACGCCCAAUAUUUCGUCGGUUUACAUUCUCAUGGAUUUGCAAUUACUGUCUCAUCUGCACUUAAACGUUUCGUCAAAAUUCCACGUCCAGCCUCAACACUCUGCUUUCGCUGAACAUCGUCGAGUACCCCUCGCAUGGAUUAUCUAAUGAACUUCAUUUGGGUAGCAGCCUGGAACUUCGCAUUGGUUUUAUAGCGAUGUAGCUGAAUGCUAAACGACUGAUGCUGGAAAUGCUCAAAGUCAACAGGGACUCGGCACUGAAAGUAGUUCACGGCAACCGGAUCGUUGCUCCUGAGAUCAGUAGAACGGAUUCUCGGAAUAUGUCCUGAAUACAUAGAAAGGAUCUACAAAUGGAUCAAUGCAAUGAACACUGCACGCUGAUAACCACAAAGAUAUAUUAUGUAUCAUUCAGGAAGGCUGCGAUCAACCGUCCAGAGGACGUUGUUGAGCUUCAAACAAAUCUUUGAACGACGCCCGCUUUGCCGAUUCGUCUUCAUCCGUUUUAAAUAACAAUUUAGCAAUGCGGCAUCCGUUUGGCUCUCGUAACUGAAGGCCAGCGUAACGACGGAACAUCUUUUCAGGUUUUAGGAGUGGUUCCUACAAAUGCAAAAAUAAGAAGCUAAAGUGAAAUCCAUCAAAAUAAUCAACCUCCAGGUUGAACGAAACAUUUAAAUGGGUUUCUUAAAUAGAAAGAAACAAUGACAAUUUCAAGUGCAAGUUAUAAAAAUGUGAACCUUACCUAUCUAAAAACUGAACACAGAACAAGAACAAAGCAAAAGUGAAAGUCUAUUAACCAUAAUAUUAACAAUGAAAAAAAAAAAAAUAACACCUGCAACAAAUAACAAUUAACACAUCCAACAAAAAAAAAAAAAUGCAGGCUCAAAACAGAGUCUAAACAAUUACGGCUGGCCACAAUGCCGAUAUUUGUUUUUGAUUGUUUUUUUUUUAAUACCCCCUUUUAUCAUAUUUAAAAGAAUUAUUUUUAAGCCUUAGCUUUAACGUUUAUUUGUUUAAAUUAUUGAAAAAAGGUUUCCACUAAUGUCUUGUCUCUCUAUUGUAUACCUGUAUAUAUACAACAUCACGAACACCAUCAUCCAACCAACAUCAUCAACAACAACAACAACAAGAACAAUUAUCGCAACAGCAUGGAGACAAUCGCCGAAAAAACAACCUCCCAACUAUCCGGCUAUCAUACGGCGGACUCCAAAGUCUAUCAUCACGUCGACGUCAGCAAUAAUCGCAACUGCCCGGGACUUGUAAGCUCUUCCAAUUUUAAACUGUCAAACAAAAACAAAAAACAAAAACAAGUUUAAUAUAAUAUGUAUGUUAAGUGAGAUUAUAGAAGAUUCCAAAUGGAUAUCACAAAUUUAUGAAUAGCAAUAACAAUUGGCUAUAUUAGUUAAUUUGUGUUCAGUGGGGGGCCAUCUAGGGUAUAUAUAUAUAUUUAUUCACAUAGAUUAGGUUAGUUGUAAGCACAACUUUUUUGUUGUUCAUUUAUGCUAAGGUUAAUUGUUGUAGUUUUUUUUUUAAUUUUGAUGAAUGUUGAAAAAAUCAAAUCGAAAUCAAUUGAGAAUUUCAACGCAUUUUUCAGCUGCUAAUCACAAAAAAAUGCGUCCGUUGCAUGCAAGUGAAAUAAAAACGCGCUUUUUAAAUCUAUUAAAAAAAAAAAA